CCUGCAGUAUGUUCCAUGCGUAGUGAAGUGUUACGUACAGCUCCGAACUUAUAUUAUGCAUUCUGGAAGUUAAUCACAUAUGUAGUGCUCCAUAGGCAAAUACGGUGUAAUGAUUAACAAAAGUCUCGUAUGCGCAGCAAAAUCAGAUCCGAACCCUAAAGAAAGAGACGGAGCGCUCUGAUUUCUGCAUUUCCCUUCUCGGGCAUGUUUGUGUAAUUACUUACGGGCAGCUGUUCCAACCUGUCAUACGUCAUUCCCUAUGAUGAUAUUUGUGAACGUGUAUCUGCAACAAAUUUCUGCUUUAACCAAAGAUAUUUAUAAAUGAAAUACUUUUUCUAAAAAUCUCUAAAAACAGGCGAACGUAUAUUACUUUUAGUGAUGGUGUACUACUAACCGGGAGGCACAUCACAUCUCAAAAAAAGUUGAGCUAACGACUUCAUAAAAAUCGGCUUUCAAGAUACCUGCUGCGAAAAUAACGAACCGGAAAACACACUUAGUUUGGAGCACAACAAGUUGAAGAUCCGCCAAGAUAGCUUACAGAAUAUGCUUGUGUGUAUCUGCUUAUCGGUCCAUACAUGGCGCUUGCGGCAGGCAAGUCAACAGCAUGUGGCAUUGAGGUUGAGCUGGCCUCGUCGGCACUAGCUAAUCGCGAUUCAAAAGCGUUUGCUGCGGUCCUCCAACAAGCAGCUUCCCCAGCUUAUAUCGUUAACUCAUUAACAUCAUCUGGUCAAACAGUACUGGGCCUCGCAGUCUCAUCAGGAGAUGUUUUCCUUGUGCGACUCUGUUUAGAAAUUCCCAAUGGAGAAAAUGUUGACAAUCAACCCCGUACUGCUCGAAGUUUACCUAGUUCACCCGCCACGCAUCGUCGUAUUAAUGGGAAAAGACUACACAGCACUGGAAGGGUCCCAUCUAGUGCAUCUGCUUCCGAAGCUUGCGGAUCAGCAGGGGUUCGGCAGGUCGAUCCUCCGGCUCGUCAUCUAACCGUUGCAUCAUCGUCGUUUUUACUACGUUCACCACGAGGGCUCGACCAGUUUUGUUCGCAACUCGAUACGUCAUCAUGUUACUCAGCAUCAGUUGAAGGUCGCUCGCGGCUCCGAGUUGAUGUCAAUCGACAUGACUUCUUCGACCGUGCUCCUCUACAUUACGCUGCCCAACUGGAACGCCUAGACAUCCUUAAGCUACUUAUUGACAAUGGCGCGUUUGUAAAUUCUUCAGACGCCGUUGGAUUGAGCCCACUACAUAUAAGUGUGUUCCGUGGUCGACUGGAGAACGUCAAGUUUUUGAUUAAAAGUGGUGCUAGACUGAAUGCAAAAUCGGUUGAGAAGCAAACUCCUUUACACAUGGCUGCUUCGUACGGCUAUGUCGAAAUAUGUGCCGCUCUUUUGGGCGCUGGCGCUGCUAUGGAUGCGCUGGACAGUUCGGAGCGCACACCUCUCAUGUUGGCCAUGCAACAGAAUAAAAAUGACUCGAAGCGACUUGAAACGAUUCGGUUGUUAAUCUGCCACGGGGCGAACGUCAACGCAAAAGAAAUUCAUGGCGAAAGCCCGCUGGUAGCCGCGGUUUGGGCGAACGACGUCGAACUCGUUGCACUACUACUUGAAGCAGGGGCUCGUAUCAGUCCUUCUGACGGCCUUUUACAAACUGCCAUAUUGCAUCACAACCCGACCUUGGUGAAGGCUCUCCUACCAUACAUACCCUUACCUCUUGCACGUAAUUUUGUGGGGGAUACUCCUCAAUUGAUUGCAGUAAGAGAAAAACAAUUGGACAUCUUUCGUAGCCUAGUUCUUCAUGGCGCGGAUCUCACAUCAAGAAACAUCGUCGGCGAAACCCUGUUGCACUGUUUGGUGCGGAGUUUGACGGAGCCAUUCGAUCUGGCGUUAUUCCGUAGAUUUCUUCGUCUUCUUGCGGAGUUGAACUUCAGCGCUCUUAACACUGAAACUUACGUUCAGGGAGAGACACCUCUCUUCUGUGCUGUCAUUACCGGAAAACUUAAAUUCGCCAUGCUUCUUGUUGCAUUCGGGUGUAACCCGAACGCUGGACAUGCAUUCGCGUGCAAAAACAUUGACGUACUCCGUGUGGCUCGCAAAAAAGGGAGCCUUGAUCUUGUUCAUCUACUCGUUGAUGCGGGUUAUGAUCUGGGACCUGGCCUUGAACCACCUCCCCCACCUGUACCUCCGGAACUUUCGCCCAUUGAAGAUUUUCUCUCUCAUGCCUCCAAAAAUGUUUUACCACUUAAAAAACUUGCGAGACUUUCAUUGAGGAAGCAAAUUAAAUGGCCCCUACAGAAGAGUCUGGCACAGCUCCCACUUCCGCAAGCAUUAAGAAAAUAUCUGGUGUUUGCAGAACACAUUGAUCUCUACUAGACGAGGAAAAUUGAAAACUCCAUCUCUGAGGAAAUUUUGGCGGUGUGACGUGUUAGAGCGCGUACGAUUUCAAUUGUUUCCAGUUGUAUACGGUGACACUUCGGCAUCGUAUAUCUGGCUUCCGGCUUUUCAUCCGAGAGAUUUUCUCUCAACAUUUACAAGCGACCAUUCGUUCAUAUUUCUUUUUACAAUGCAUAAAUAAUACUUCUAUUGAGUAAAAGAUGCGAUGCAGGUUUGCGUUGCGUGAAUCAUAAAUAUCGUCUCUGUUAAACAAGUAAAAAUCAUAGUCACAUCUAAUUGUUUUAGGUGAUGAACAAAAAAAUACCGUUCCGGUUAAGGGCAGUGAUACAGUCAGCGUAGUGUUUGUAGAAUGUAAUGACAAAUAUUGUGAUCCUGUUUUGAAUCACUUUGAUAACUAUUAAAAACAUUCAGACAUCUAUUAAUCGUAAA